AUGAUCCAGAAUUUUCGCAGGAAUGUUUUAUCAUCUCGCCUUGUUAUCCGUAAAAUUCUAUUCUUUCAACCACCAAAACAUGCGUUAAGAAAUUCAAACCCUCGUCUGUUUCAUUCUUCACUUCCGAGAUCUUAUACAAAUUCCAUUUCUAAGGAAUCUGAAAAAUGGAAGUCUGUUUUCUUCAACGUGAAAAGAAAAUUUCCAGUACAAGUCAUAAAAGCCAAAUUACAUAACAUCAACUGGAAAGAGCAAAUGUUUGGAAUGUGGAGACUUUUGUUGAGUGAAAGGUUCUCAACAGUGUCAGAUGAUGAAUAUAUUCCUCAAUCUAAAGAUAUAGAGCGCCUCAUGAUAAUUUUUCAAACAAACCAAAUCAGGCUUAUUACCAUAUGGUUUGCGGGGAAUGUGGGAUUGGUAAAACAACAUUGCUUAGGAUAUCGGCAAACAAAGACGGAAAAAGUAUACAAAGCAAAUAAUGAAGACAGACCACCAGUUAUUGUCUAUGAAGAUGGUGCUAAAAAUAAUGCGGAUGAUCGAAAGUACAUUGCUGCAGUGAAAGUUCGGUACCUAGAAGGAUGGGAUGUAACACGUAGUGCUUGGUCACGAGCGAAAAAAAGUGAUGGAAAUCGACAUAAAAAAGUCGAUAAAUUUGAUGCCGCAAAACUACAUCAAGACCAACCAUAUCAUGAAGGAAAGCGCGUCAUCAAAACUUUGUUGGAUUCCAACCAAAUGCUUGACUAUUUGACAUAUCGAAAAUUUUUCAAUAAUCCUGAAGAAGCUAACAACGCUUUGGAGGCUAAUGUAUUUGCCUAUCAUCCAAAAACUCGUACAGUAACCUUCCAAUGUCGAGCAAUAGAAUUCUACAUUCGAGAAAAUGCUGAUAUGUUCCUUAAAUAG